ACCAAGUCCUAACCUCAGGCUUGGUAGUCGUGGAAGAGUGAUAAGACAAUAUAAUCAGAGAGACACGAUGGGGAGAUCGCCUUGUUGCGAUGAGAAUGGUCUAAAGAAAGGGCCAUGGACUCCUGAAGAAGAUCAAAAGCUUAUUGAUUACAUUCAUAAACAUGGCCAUGGAAGCUGGAGAGCCCUUCCAAAGCUCGCAGAUUUAAACCGAUGUGGAAAGAGUUGUAGACUAAGGUGGACAAAUUACUUGAGACCUGAUAUCAAAAGAGGAAAGUUUUCCGCAGAAGAAGAGCAAACAAUCCUCCAUCUCCAUUCUAUUCUCGGGAAUAAAUGGUCUGCUAUUGCAACACAUUUGCAAGGACGUACUGAUAAUGAGAUCAAGAACUUUUGGAACACACAUCUAAAGAAGAAACUGAUCCAAAUGGGCAUCGAUCCUGUGACCCAUCAACCAAGAACCGACCUUUUCGCAAGCUUACCUCAGCUCAUAGCCUUAGCAAACCUAAAAGACCUCAUUGAACAAACAUCACAGUUCUCAUCCAUUCAAGCUGAAGCAGCUCAACUAGCCAAGCUACAAUAUCUCAAUGGUAUGCUUAAUUCUUCGGCUUCAUUAUCCAACAACAACAACAAUAGCCCCAGUAGUAUUCUCGAUAUCGAUCAAAACCAUGCCAUGAAUCUCUUAAACUCCAUGGUCUCAUGGAAUAAAGAACACAACUCGAAAUUCAAUCCCGCUCUUGAACUUGAGGCUGAAGAUCAAAAUCAAGGUUUAUUUCCAAUCGGGUCCAUCAUUGAUUCAACCACCCAACUACUCCAACAAAAACAAUAUCAUUUAAACAAUAGUCCUAUUGAGCAACCAUCCCAAGGUGACCCACUUCUUGAUCAUGUCCCUUUCAAUCUACAAACAUCUUUGAAUAGUGAAGAUCAUUUUAUAGACACUUUAGUCAAACAUCCAAUAGAUCAAGAUCAAGAUCAUGAUGAUCCAUCUUCAUGGAUUCUGCCUUCUCUUAUAGAAAACAGCCCUAAAAAUGCUAUGUCUUCUCUUCCUUACAACAAUCCAACGGAUGCGAGCAGCAGCUCAAGCUAUGGCGCUGGGGACGGUGCGUCACUUUAUUGGCCUGACUUUUGCUUCGACGAAAGCCUUAUCAACGAUGUUUCUUAAUUAGUUUUGGCAUAUUGUUCUUAUAAAUUCUCUUAUUAUAUACGCACGUCUAGUUGAAUUACGUUUGAUCAAGCUGAGUUUAUUCUUAGAAAAAUAUAUUUCAUUUGUUGUGUUUGUCGUUUGUCUUGUAAGGUGUCGUUCGAUUAUACAUUCCUUUCUGUUUUAA